AUGGCGGUAUACGAUACUGAGCUAGCAACUAGCUACAAGGAUGAGGGGAAUAAGUUUCUAAAGCAACAGGAUUUUCAGAGAGCUAAUGAAUUAUACACUAAAGCAAUCGAAACAGAUCCAACCCAGUCCAUUUUCUAUUCAAACAGAGCUUUGGCUAAUUUGAAAUUAGAUAAUUUUAUGAAUGCAUUAAAUGACUGUACAAAUGCUAUAGAAUUAAAUUCCAGUAAUUUGAAGGCGUACCACAGACGUGGACUGGCAAACAUUGGUCUCCUAAAUUUUAAAAGCGCUAGAAAUGAUUUCAACAUUGUCCUCAAAUAUAAACCGAAUGAUAUCAUUGCAAAAAAUGGGUUUGAUACUUGUGAAAAAGUUAUUAGAGAAGAACGUUUCAAGAAAGCUAUUGGCGGAAGUGAUGAAAAAACCGGUGGAGCCACUAUUUGUCAAAGCACCAGCUUAAGUUCAUUCGACGCAAAUGCUGACUUAUCCAAGUACGCUGGACCUGAAUUGGAAUUCAAACAAUUGACAAACGAGAAGGGUGAAAAUUCUGGGAUCGAAGUUAUAAAUAUGUCACAAUCCUUCAUUUCAUCUCUCGUCAAUGAUGUCUUUUUAAAAGGCAAGAAUUUGCCAAAAAAGUAUGCUGCUGCUAUUAUUUCGCAUUGUGAAAGAUUGUUUCGUAAUGAGCCAACAUUGGUAGAAAUAUCAAAUGUUACAAAUCCUAAUACUAAAAUAUCCGUUUGUGGGGACACCCAUGGUCAGUUUUAUGACGUUUUGAAUAUCUUUAAAAGAUUCGGUAAAGUUAGCGAGAAUCAUACCUACUUAUUUAAUGGUGAUUUUGUUGAUCGUGGUUCGUGGUCAUGCGAGGUUGCUAUCCUCUUUUACUGUUUGAAAAUCCUAUUUCCAAACAAUCUUUUCAUUAAUAGAGGUAACCAUGAAACGGAUAAUAUGAACAAAGUAUAUGGAUUUGAAGAUGAGUGCAACUAUAAAUAUUCCAAGCGCAUAUUCCAAAUGUUUUCCCAAUCUUUUGAAAGUUUACCAUUAGCAACUUUAAUUAACAACGAUUAUCUUGUAAUGCAUGGUGGGUUACCUAGUGACACCUCCUUAACAGUAGAAGACAUCAAGUCUAUUGAUAGAUUCAAACAACCCCCAAGAGAUGGCUUAUUCAUGGAAUUGUUAUGGUCUGAUCCACAAGCUAAAGAUGGCUUUGGUCCUUCCCAAAGAGGGCUAGGUUUCGCAUUUGGUUCUGAUAUUACUGCUCAAUUUAUUGAAAAAAAUAAUUUACGUAAAAUUUUCAGAUCACAUGAAGUUAGAAUGAAUGGUUAUGAAUUCGAACAUAACAAGAAGUUAAUAACAGUUUUUAGUGCUCCAAAUUACUGUGACUCACAAGGUAAUUUAGGUAGUAUUAUCCAUGUUGUCCCAAAUAAUGGUGAAAUAAACGUGAACGAUAAUGAUGAUGAAAACUUGAUAAUAGAAACUUUUGAUUCCGUCAGCCACCCUGAUAUCAAACCAAUGGCUUAUUCGAAUGGUGGUUUCGGUUUCUAA